CAGUCUGAAGCUCACCGCCUGACUGAGGAGGUGAAAGUUGCGCCACAGGAAGAUAAACCGCAAAAGACAAUAUUGCACAUGAUUUGCGUGUGCAUCGGAUGAGCAGGAGAGGGAAAUUCCUCUCUACCAAAAGUAAAUAGGAAUAGGGGAUCGGAGUUUGCCUUGCACAGACUUAAGUCAGAGAAAUAGCAAGCAGAGACAGUUGCUAGAGAUUCUUCCUCUCUCAGUCUCCACCGCUGCAGACUGAAGAUGCUCUUGGACGCAGGACCACAGUAUCCCACCAUUGGAGUGACUACUUUCGGCUCCACCAGACAUCACUCAACAGGCGAAGUUACAGACAGAGAAGUGGCUUUGGGUAUCAAUCCGUUCGCCGACGGUAUGGGCGCUUUUAAAAUCAACCACAGCUCCCACGAUCUUGGCUCUGGGCAAACGGCGUUUUCCUCGCAAGCGCCCGGCUACGCCGCCGCCGCUGCCCUGGGACACCAUCAUCACCCCACUCAUGUCAGCUCGUACUCCACCGCCGCCUUCAACUCCACUCGGGACUUUCUCUUUCGCAACCGGGGCUUCGGAGACGCCACGAGCGCGCAGCACAGCCUCUUCGCCUCCGCCGCUGGAAGUUUCGCCGGGCCACAUGGACACUCCGACGCCGCUGGGCACCUGCUCUUCCCGGGACUGCACGAGCAAGCGGCCACGCACGCGUCCUCCAACGUGGUGAACAGUCAGAUGCGCCUGGGCUUUUCCGGGGACAUGUACGGGAGGGCCGAGCAAUACGGUCACGUAGCGAGUCCGAGGUCCGAGCACUACGCCUCGACUCAGUUGCACGGCUAUGGCCCCAUGAACAUGAAUAUGGCUGCUCAUCACGGGGCAGGGGCCUUCUUUCGGUACAUGCGACAGCCCAUAAAGCAAGAGCUCAUCUGCAAAUGGGUCGAACCCGAGCAGCUGACGAAUCCGAAAAAGUCCUGCAACAAAACUUUCAGCACCAUGCACGAGCUUGUGACCCACCUGACGGUGGAGCACGUUGGGGGACCAGAGCAGUCGAAUCACGUUUGCUUUUGGGAAGAGUGUUCCCGGGAAGGGAAACCGUUUAAAGCAAAGUAUAAACUUGUGAAUCAUAUCCGAGUGCACACCGGAGAGAAACCGUUUCCGUGUCCAUUCCCCGGCUGUGGAAAAGUAUUUGCCCGAUCGGAAAAUCUGAAAAUCCAUAAAAGAACACACACCGGUGAAAAACCUUUCAAGUGUGAGUUUGACGGCUGUGACAGGCGCUUUGCGAACAGCAGUGAUCGUAAGAAACACAUGCACGUCCAUACCUCUGACAAACCAUAUCUCUGCAAAAUGUGUGACAAAUCCUACACACAUCCCAGCUCCCUCCGGAAACACAUGAAGGUUCACGAGUCAUCGUCUCAAGGAUCACAACCCUCCCCGGCAGCGAGCUCCGGCUACGAGUCCUCCACGCCGCCCACCAUCGUGUCCCCUUCCACAGAAAACCAGAGCAGCAGUUCCAUAUCACCAGCAUCAUCCACAGUUCACCACACGAGCAGCCACAGCACCCUUUCGUCAAAUUUUAAUGAAUGGUACGUGUAAAUAUUUUCAAAAAGACUGCAGAAUUAAGACUGCUUUGGAAAUCAAGACUCAAAAGUCAGCCUAUUCUCGCGUGGACCUACAUACACACACAAUGUGAAGAAUCUGAAAGGUUUUCUGCUGUCUAGAGAGAGCAGUGCAUGGACGGGGUGUGCAACGCUCUUGACAGCCUUUUCCCGAUUUUUGUCCUCCAUUUUCUUCCUUUUUUUUCAUAUAUUUUUUUUUUCUCUCGGAAGACUGCACAGAGAACUUCAAUUGCAUGCUACCAGCAGGUCACAGCCUGUUUUGUUUUGUACAUAAAGAUUCACCUAGUUUAAAAUGUAAUAUUUUAUUUUGUAAAUAGUCAUAAUACAGUUUAAGGGAAUUUGUGAAAAAAUGUGGUCCCUAGAUAUAUGGAAAAUGAGAUGGUUUUACGAAUAUUGCGAUGAAUAGUCUUGACUGAAAAGAAUGUUAUAGUUUAUGUGUACCAAAUGUGAAUUACCCAGUAUUACCACAGUCUACACGUUUACCUAACCGAUUAGUAUUAAUGUGCUUUUGUAUCCAGUGCAACAUUUCGUCUCCAGUCCAGUCUGAGUAGCACACAGUUGUUGUUAUUUAAUGUCAUGUCGAUAAACCGUGUAGUGAAAGCCUGAAGCUCCGUGUCAAUCUUGUUUAUGUAAGUGAUAAAAUAUAAAACUAUCUGUCUAUUGCAUUGGCAAUUGCAAGAAUUAUUACUUGUAUAUAACUCAAUUUUCCAUAUUUAUCCGCAUGUAAAGGACCGGUAACACAUGUUAGAGAUAAUCGGUAUUUAUGGAAAAUGCGUUCGUAGGGUAUGUAAAAUUUAGUUUACAAAAUAAUGUUUGGUUACUUUUCGUACAAUAUUAAAGAAUUAAACGUACAACAAAAAACAAAA